ACUAGGGAUAGAUUAACUAGAUUUAGUUUGUUAAAUGAUAAUACUUUGUCCCUUAUGCAAAAGUGAUAAUGAAACUGCAGAUCAUAUUUUCGGCUCCUGUGAUGUUACUAUGGCUAUUUGGAGAUAUGCGGGUCUAAUUGACACCACUGAUUGGAGUGCAGGUGCUAGCUGUGUUGACAAAUCUUCUAUUCCAACCACUGAAGCACUUGCUCUCAGAGAAGGUUUAAUUAAAGCAAAAGAGAAGAACAUCAAGAAAAUCUUGGUGGAAGGAGACUCCAAGUUUAUAAUUGACUGCGUCCAAAACAAAUGUGGUGUUCCUUGGAGAUUCAAGGCAAUCAUUCAAGACGUUAAGAAGAUCGUUAGCUGCUUCGAAUACUUCUCCAUUAACCAUGUUUUUCGAGAAGCAAAUUUUCCUACUGAUGCUUUAGCAAACUUAAGACACUAUAGAGGUUCAGGUGAUUGUUGGGAAAUUAAUUUCCCCCGCCCCCUUAGUUAGAAAUGCGGUCAUUUUCGACAAAUUGGGUCG